CUUUGCCCAACGGCCAAGCACUGCAGGGGCUUUGUCCCGGCUCCACCCUAUCAUGUGGCUGUCCCAGCUCCGCCUCUGCCCCAGUUCCUGUUUCGGUCUCAGGUCUCCGCUAUCCCGCUCGGCCCGGGGCUCCCGCAUUCGUUUUGUCCCUGCACUUCCCCGCUGAGCCGCCGCCUCUUGGACGCCCGCAUCCCUAGCUCCGCCGGGGAUGGGGUUUCCUGCCGGCUCGGGCCGGUCCUCUUGGGACCACCAGGGCGCCUCGGCUCCACCGUGACCCUACGCCGCGCGGUGCCCGUCGCCCGCAGGAUGAAGGGCGGCGAGGGGGACGCGGGCGAGCAGGUCCCGCUGAACCCGGAGGUCGAGAGCCCCGCGGGCUCGGCCACGUACCGAGAGUUUGUGCACCGCGGCUACCUGGACCUCAUGGGGGCCAGUCAGCACUCGUUGCGGGCGCUCAGCUGGCGUCGCCUCUACCUCAGCCGGGCCAAGCUCAAGGCCUCCAGCCGCACGUCUGCCCUGCUGUCAGGCUUCGCCAUGGUGGCCAUGGUGGAGGUACAGCUGGAGAGCGACCACGAAUACCCACCAGGCCUGCUGGUGGCCUUUAGUGCCUGCACCACCGUACUAGUGGCUGUGCACCUCUUUGCACUCAUGGUCUCCACGUGUCUGCUGCCUCAUAUAGAAGCCGUGAGCAAUAUCCACAACCUCAACUCUGUCCACCAGUCGCCACACCAGCGACUUCACCGCUAUGUGGAGCUGGCCUGGGGCUUCUCUACUGCCUUGGGUACCUUUCUCUUCCUGGCUGAAGUUGUCCUGGUGGGCUGGGUCAAGUUUGUACCCAUUGGAGCCCCCCUGGGCACACCUGCCCCCAUGGUUCCUACAUCCCAGGUGUCACCAGUGACCACCUCCCUUGGUCCAGCUUCCAACCUCUCACCAUCCUCUGCUUCUGUAGCCCCUUCACAGCCUGAGUCUUCCAAGGCCUGCUCACCCCAGCAGCCAUGUGGUGGGGGGGCCUAUGGGCCUGGCUGGCAAGCAGCCAUGGCCUCCACAGCAAUUAUGGUGCCUGUGGGACUCGUGUUUGUGGCCUUUGCCCUGCAUUUCUACCGCUCCUUGGUGGCUCACAAGACAGAUCGGCACAAGCAGGAGCUGGAAGAGCUGAGUCGCUUGCAGGGGGAGCUGCAGGCUGUGUGAACCCAGCAUCCCUCUGGUCUGCAAAGGCCCUGGGGCCUACAGACCUCAUUCCCUGCCCCUGGCUGGAGCCACUUUCUAUAGCCACUCUCAAGUGGCCAGAUUCCUGCGGCCACAGAGUCCCACUUGUGGGAUGCCCCCUGUCAGUCCAUGGGUUUUGUAAGCUCUGCUCCAUGCCUGGCUGGGAGGAACAAGGAGGCAAGUGGAAUCUUCAGUCCAAGGAUUCUGAGGCACUGAAAGAGGCAGGGCAAUCUAGUAAGACCUCUGGUGCUGGCUAUCAGAUGCUUGCUCCUCUACGGGAUGUAGAGGUUGAAAGGUCAGUGCCCCCAACUACUGUCCCUGAAGGCAGUUGAUUUAUGCAGUCUUACAGUUGGCAUUUUCAUGGGUUCCACAGUCUUGCUUUAGCUGCUGCAGAGGGAUUUGGGUGUUUCUACAACAGCUGUAAGGUCAGCCUUUCCUAGGAGGAACCUCUCUAUAUUUGGAGAUUCAAGCCCACCCCUCCACCUCCAAUGUUGUGACCUGUGGCCAUGCCUGCCCAACUGUCCUAGGCACCCUCCUUGGCCCAGGCUGGGGCGGGGAGGAGGGGGUGGUCUUUGAAGACCAGGGGUCUACAUGCCUAGCAAGGAUUGGAGGGAGGUUUUUUUUUUCUUUUCUUUUCUUUUUGUUGGUACUCAGCCUACACCUCGA